UAACGAGGCCCAAAUAUCUACCCAAAAAAAGAAAAGAUAGAAAAAAAAGGCAACAUUCCCUCCUCUCGAUCUAGGGGGUUAUAACUAACUAAUUUCAAAUCAAAGGAAUCAUCACAGAUCUCAAACGAACAUUACUACUUCAUCUCUACUGAGCUUCACUUCCUCCUCAUCUCCAGCGAUGAGAUCGGCGAUCGCCGUCGUCUUCUUGGUCUCGAUCUCACUCUCUCGCUCUCGGCGGCGGCGGCGGAGAUCUCUUGGAUCUGGCCAAUGCGACGACGUCGCCGCCCGUCAAUGGAUCGCUAAGGAUAGCUUCGCCGACAUGUUCGAUCGAGCUCUGCAGAAGGAGUUCCCUGAGAGCGAGCAGAGCACCGGAGAAACUGAUCCGGGUGGUUUUAACAACAGCGUGGCUGAGAAACAGGCAGUUGUGGAAACCGUUGCUAGAGUUACAUCAAAGAAAAAUGAGACCAAAGAGGAGAAAUCAUUUCAGUUUCAUAAUGUUUUUAAUAAUGAGGACCAGUCAGAAGACAUCCCCACACUAAUUGACCGAAAGGAUAAUGUUUUUAUCAUAUCAAAUCCCAAGUCAAAGUAUCCAAUUUUGAAGCUAGACCUGAGGCUGAUAUCUGAUCUUGUGGCGGUUAUUGUAUCCGCAACUUGCGGUGGAAUUGCCUUUGCUUGUAUCGGGCAACCGGUGAUCACUGGAUAUUUACUUGCGGGCUCCCUCAUCGGACCUGGAGGUUUGAACUUUGUCAGUGAAAUGGUGCAAGUUGAAACAGUUGCACAGUUUGGUGUAAUAUUUCUUCUUUUUGCAUUGGGUCUGGAAUUCUCUACAACAAAGCUUCGAGUUGUUCGUACUGUUGCUGUUCUCGGGGGUCUACUCCAAAUUUUUCUAUUCAUGUGCUUAUGUGGCAUAAUUGCAUCGUUAUGCGGGGGUAAGCCUUCAGAAGGUGUAUUUGUUGGCGCAUUAUUGUCAAUGUCUUCAACUGCAGUGGUCUUAAAGUUUCUCAUGGAAAGAAAUAGUAUUAAUGCUCUCCAUGGUCAAGUUACUGUAGGCACUCUUAUUCUUCAGGAUUGUGCUGUUGGUUUGCUGUUUGCAUUGCUUCCAGUUCUUGGUGGUACUUCUGGUGCUUUACAAGGAGUAAUAUCCAUGGCUAAGUCUUUGAUCAUGCUGUGUACUUUCUUGGGUAUCCUGUCAAUAUUAUCGCGAACAUGUGUUCCUUGGUUUCUUCGGCUGAUGAUAAGUCUCUCAUCUCAGACCAAUGAACUUUACCAGUUGGCAUCAGUUGCAUUCUGCCUGCUUGUUGCUUGGUGUAGUGACAAGUUAGGCCUGAGUUUGGAACUUGGUUCCUUUGCUGCUGGAGUGAUGAUAUCGACAACUGAUCUUGCACAACAUACUCUUGAACAAAUCGAACCCAUCAGAAACUUCUUUGCUGCUCUAUUUCUUGCUAGUAUUGGAAUGUUAAUUCAUGUUCAGUUCCUCUGGAACCACGUCGAUAUUCUAUUAGCAGCUGUGAUUUUGGUGGUCGUUGUGAAGACAUUUAUUAUCACCUUUGUUGUCAAGGGUUUUGGCUACACCAAUAAAACAUCAAUUCUUGUUGGAAUGUCGCUAGCACAGAUUGGAGAAUUUGCUUUUGUGCUUUUGAGUCGUGCUUCAAAUCUUCAUUUAGUUGAGGGAAAAGUCUACCUGCUACUAAUAGGAACAACUGCUUUAAGCCUGGUGACAACUCCAUUUUUGUUCAAGUCGAUCCCAGCAGUUGUUCAUCUUGGAGUCCUAUUACGAUGGUUUUCACCAGAUUCAAGUCAAGCAGAGAUGGGAUACAAGGGCGAAAAUCUCCGCUCAGAUAGUGGGGCCCAUCAAAUUGACAGCCUUCAUAUAUUACACUCAACAACGAUGAGAGCGAGAGAGAUCGGAAAUAUGGCGAACUUGAUUAGCCGCUGAUGCUUUGAAUUUUUUUUUUUUUUGUAAUGAUGUAUCCUAUCCGAUUUAAUUUUGUGUCUGUUCGUAGAGUUAGUGAAGUGGGGAACCCACUAUACGAACAGCACUGAAUGUAGAGUAUGCUAGUUGAUGAUUCAUUCAAGUUAGCUCUUGUAUGUAUUCGACCGUCAUUCUUCAUGCGUUGGUUUUUGUUACUCCUA